UCUCCGACUGUUCCCGUUCAGACGCGCGAAAACAGUGUCGGUGUUUGGUGUGAAGUGACGGACCCUCAAACGAUGCUGACUAUAUCGCUGCUGAAGGUUGAGAGUCCAUCCUGUCUCUGGGGUCGGGUUGUUUGGGGUCCCGACAGAAACGCAGAGACUACACGACAGUAUGACAAUCUGCUGACCCAAAUGAACCUCUUCUACCAUGAUGUCACUCAUGACCUGCACAAGCUGAAGCCCACGCCAUUAGAGGAGGGACAGGUGUGUGUGGUGUACUGGUCAGUGAUGAAGUCUUGGUGUAGAGCUGUGGUGGAAUCGCUCAUUGUGGACUCUGCUUCCUGUCGGGCUUGCUGCCUCCUUGUCGACCAUGGAGUACAGCUCGUCGUCUCCUCAGACCAGAUCCGAGUUGCCUUGCAGAACUUUUUGCGGUUGCCUUUCUGGGUGAGGAGGUUCCACCUGUCAGGAAUCAGACCAACAACCCUGCGAGUGUCAGUGUGCGAGGAGAAGGCGGAGCUAAUUCCAUCCACUCAGUGGGACAGCUCUGCUACACUCUACCUGCGCAGCCUGCUGAAAGUGUCGUCUUGGGCAGAGGCCGUGUUGCUUGAACCUGAGUCAGACUCCACCUCCAUUGAACUCUACCUGACUGUAGGCAACAUCAAGAUCUGCGUGAAUGACGAUCUGGUGGCAAAGAAGUUUGCGCUUUACAUCAGAGAGUCAGCUGAUGGCAGCGGGCUGGAUGAGGUGGACCAGUUUCCCAUCAUGUUACCCUCCAGCAUCUUAACCCAGACUGUCUGCACGAGCUCAAACAAGCCGGCAGCACAAACCCAGCCUCCUGUGAUAUCACAGAGUGUGGCUGCUGCCAGCGCAGGUGAUUGGCUGAUGGCUCCCUCUGCACUUCAGAGCCAACAACAUGAGCUGAAGACCUCUGAGGAAGGCAGCGGGUCAAAGGUCACAGAAGAGCCGCUGUCUCCAGGCAGCCAAUCAGAGACUGAUUCAGACACGGAUGCUGCACAGAGGUCCCUGAAGUUUCUGAAUCCUGGUAGCAGCUGCCAGCAGGCAGCUCCCAGUGUGAGUACAUCUACACAGAGAAGUGUUUCUCAAGAUACAUGGCAGAGCUCUCAAGAACUGAAGCCAGGAGACUGUCGCCAUGAAGAGAAGACUGCGGCCCCCGGCACCUGCACAGGACAGGAAGUGUAUGCUACCAGCGCACCUUCAACUAUUCACACUCAGAAUGGAUCGGUGCAGUCAGGCCCAGCAGAGAUGUGCAGGAGUGAAGAGGACUGGGUCUGUUCACGCCUUUUGGAGUGGUUGAACCCUGAGCCUCUGAACCACCAUCCAGAUGCUGCAUACGAUGUGGUAGUUCCUAAUGAGCAUAAGAAGAGUGGUGUUCUGGUGCACUCUGCCCUCCCAGUGGAGCCCUGCAGCAGUCUGGACGAUGCCCCCAUCACUGAGGGUCUCCGCUGGGUGUUGCAGAGGAAACAGUACUCUCUGUCUCCAGCUGACUCUUACAGCUGGCCAGCUGUGGCUCGAGGAUCCAACACUGUCAUCAUCUCCCAAAAUGCUGACCAGCCACGCAGCUACCUCACCCCUCUCCUCACCCACAUCCUGCUCAACUCUGUCUUCACCUCCAGCACAGGGCCCAUAGCGGUGCUGCUGUGUCCAGGCAGGGAGAAGGUCCAGGUAGUGUUUGACCUGCUGGAGGAGAUGAAGGUCACCCAGGUCCUACACCCCAUCAUGGUUCUGCUGGGUGUCGGCAAAGAUGAGGCCAAGGCUUUUAGGAUUCCCAAAAACUGCCUGCUGUUAGUAUCUACUCCAUUCAUUUUGGCCCGUCUGCUGUCCUGUCACUGCUUCCUGUUCCUGCGUCUCUACCACCUGGUGCUGGACGAGGCCGACCAACUCUUUACUCUCGCUCCAGACCAGAUGGCGGCCAUCCUGCAGCAUUUCCAGAAGGUGACCUCCAGCGAGGAGAACGCUUCCUGUCCUCAGCAGCUCGUCGCUGUGGCGAAGAGAUGGACGGGUCACAUGGAGGGUUUGUUAGCCAAGCACAUGCCAUACCCCUGCGUUGUAGUGAGUGUUCCUGAGGAAGCGGCGCUCUAUGCUAAUGUUCAGCAGAUCGUCCUCACGACCGUGGAGAGCAGUAAGAUCUCAGGACUGUUGGGUGCGUUGGAUUUCAACCCUGAUGUCUGCCAGAAGACUUUGAUUGUGUCCAACUCUGCUCAGGAGGUGGAAGAUGUGUUCAAGGCUUUGAGCAACAAGUCAGGAUUCUGCCUCAAGACCCACGAGGGGUUAACCCACCAGUUUGACUUUGUCAUCCAGCAGUGGAGGAAAGACGUCGGCCCCAGGACUCAUGUUACUCUGGUGACCACCGAUGAGUGUCUGAAGUGUCUGGGAAUCAGAGAUGCGACUUGUGUUGUCCACUACGGCUUCCCAGCUUCACCCAGAGUGUUCGGCAGCCGACUCUCCUGCAUGGUCGAGAACUUCAGAGACCUCUCAGACCGAGUUCCCCCCCAGGAUCACAAAGAGAGCUGCCCUCCAGUCACCAGGUCCGUCCUGCUGAUCUCUGAGAGGAACGCCACUCAUGUAGUUGGGGUUCUGCGUUACCUGGUACGAACCAGCGCCCUGCUGCCCCCUGAGCUGCUGUCCUUUGCCCAGGGUGUCCAUGUGGCCCGGGAGGACCAGAAGACCGACAGGCCCCUCUGUAGCUACCUGAAGAGCUUUGGAGUUUGCAGAGACAGUGACGUGUGUCCCGACCGCCACAGACUCAUGUCCCACCUGGAUCAGUCUGUGCUUCCUGCCGCGGGAGUCAUAGACGUCGUCCCUCUCUACAUUAAGGCGGCAUCGUCGUUCUACGGUCGCAUUGUCGGGAAGGACGACGGAGAUUUCCAGAACAUGGUGUCUGAGAUGACUUCUUACUAUGCCGACAAGCAGCCUGGAGCCAAGGAGGUGCUGGAGGGAGGCCUGUAUGCUGUGCAGGAGGACGAGGUCUAUCACAGGGUGAAGGUCCUGUCUGUCCCGGACAGGGGUGGCCGGCUGUUUUUCAGCAUCUUUGUUCAGUUUAUUGACGUGGGGAAGGAGAAGGAGGUCAAAUCCUAUCAGAUCCUUCAGCUUCCGGAGCGGUUUCAUUCUCUGCCCGGACAGGCCGUGGAGAUCAUCGUCUGCCGCGUCAAACCGGUUGACGCCGAGACCGACUGGCACCCCAAGGUCACCAGAGUGAUCAGCCAGAAAAUCAGAGGCCUGCAGCACCGAGCGAGAGCUGUUUUGAGUCUGGGAAACACAGUGUUUGUUGAUCCCAUGGUCCGUGUGACCCAGGUGCCAGGUAUGAAAACUGUGAUCAAUGAAUACAACGUGCAGUCAGAGAUCCUGAAGACCGGGAUGGGAAUCAGCAAUCUGGAGCAUCUGGACUUGCUGAGGGCACUCUGCCAGGAGAGCAAGACCGGCAGCGGCGAGGAGGCCGGCCACCUUUCUGGUUCUCUGGAGGUCGGGAUCAAACCUGAGGAGGAAGUUCUGGCCGAAGCCUUCAGACCGGCAGAGGUCAGUGGGGGUGCCGACCCUCCCCAGCUCGAUCCGUGCGAGCGACUUAGUCCGGCAUCGUCAACGAUCCCGUCCCUGGUCCCGGCACCACCGGCGGCCGAACCCCACCUGGUUCCAGUGUGUGAUCAGAAAUCCCUGUUGGCUAGCCAGGCAGCUGUUGGACAGACAAACCCCCACUCUGCUGAUCUGAAGUCAGCUGAGCAGAUGAUGAGCCACAGGAACAGAAAUGAAGGAGAACUUUGCCUCAUGAUGAGCCAGGCCGCUGUCGUCGACUGCUGUGAAAACGGUGUGCGUGCAGGUGACAGUGGGACGAGCAGCCAGCAGGUGAUCAUCAGUCAAAGUUUCCACCCUCAGGUCCGCUGGUACCAAACGUCCGACUCUGUGAUUGUGACGGUGAAGCUGAUGAGCCCGGAGAGUCAGCGCUGUGAUUUCCACGCUGACAGAGUGGUUUACAGCGGCAGAGUGAACGGACGGAGCUACAGAGCUGACCUCCAGCUUCAAGCCGGCAUCGUUCCCGAUCGCUGCCGCUGGGAAAUGAAGUCCAAUGAGCCGGUCCUCAGGCUGGUUAAAGAACAGCAGGGAUCCUGGGACAGACUCGUCAGAAACAAGAACAUUUUUGUGAGUUACGACAUGGAGCACUUUGAAGAGGAUGAAGACAGAAGCCCACGCUCUCAGUGGUUUGUGGAGAACACAGGAGAGGAGAACUGCUACGUGAGCUCAGAGAGCGGCAGUGAGAGCGACUGAAGAUCUGCUCGAGACUGAAAGUGUGUUUGUUUGACGUCUCGUUCCCUGCUGGAGCUCAGCCUGCCAGCUGCUGUCCAUCAAAUGGAGUUAAGAGCUUUUUUUCUUCUGUGUAGUCACAAAACAAACAUUUCAAAA